UCGUUAUUCCACUUAAAUUGAGAUUGUUAUCAAAACGUUCUACCUAUCUGUUCUUUAGAAGUGAGAAGAUAACACUGUGGCAUUAUCCCAUACCCACACUUCAAUUGAGUUUGUACAAUUUUUAGACCCACAGCUAUACUUUGGAGGAGGAUCGAUGUGGUAGCAGCAAUAAAUUAGCUGACGAAAAUGGCUGCAUCAUCUGCCCUUUUAUCAUCUCCUCCAGCUCUCACUUUGAUUCCCAAGCGUAAACCGAGUAAUUUUAUCAAUGCCCACCAUUCAUUCUCUCGAUCAAACAACCCAAUUUUUGGAUUUCCAUCCACUCAGAUAUCAACACGAACUUUGAAUUCUGGAAAUUCAUCUAGUGCUGCUUCUCUAAAACCCAUAAGAAAUUGGAGAUUUUCUGCUGUAAAUGGAAAUUAUUUGCUGUCAGAAGUCACAACAGAGGAGAAUUUGCAGGAAGUAGUCUCCACAACCGAUGAUGGUGUUUCUACAGUUAUAUCAGCUCUUCUUUUCUUUGCUUUCGUCGGUUUAGCCAUUCUUACAGUUGGGGUAAUCUACAUAGCCGUGACAGAUUUCUUGCAGAAAAGGGAGAGAGAUAAAUUUGAGAAAGAAGAGGCUGCUAGGAAGAAGAGGACUGGUAAAAAGAGUAAAAUUGGAGCUAGAUCUAAAGCUGGGCCCCGAGGUUUUGGGCAAAAGAUUGAAGAAUUUGAUGAUGACGAUGAUGCAGAGUAAACAAAUACUCAUUUUGAUGUAAGCUUGCUACAGCCUUUUGCAAUUCUCAAGAAUCAAAUAUCAUUAUAAUAGGGUACACUGAUCAUUAAUUUCGUUGCCUUUUAGCAAACAUGAAUUUGCAAUUGAAGCUUUAUUAGUUAGUUUUUAGCUUCAUUUCUUUUGCAGUACCAUGAAAUGAAACUUUCUUAAUUGUUUGUGGAAUGAUUGCAACUCUGUGUUAUGGAACUA